UAUUCUGUGUUUUGGUGAUAAAGAGUGCUCAACCAAUCAAUGUUGUAUUUAUGACAUGUAGGUUAACCACGAGCACUCUUAAAACUUUCAAUGAAAUGGAGAAGCAAUUUAAAAAAGUGAUCAAUCAAACUUUGAAGUGGUAUGAAGAAUAUCCCAAAACCGAAGAGCCAUGUAAACACUCUAAGCCUGAAGCAGAAGUAUCAGAAUUAAAAGCUACAGCCAAAAGAUAUUUAGAUGGAGAAACUUCUAUUUUUCAAUUAAAAGAAUCAAAAUCUUCUAAUUCAGAAACAACAUGGUUAAAAACAGCAUUAUCACAGGGAACAACAUCAGACAAAAUAGCAGCUGCUAUUGUAUUAGUGCAGGACAACCCAAAAUACAAUUUAAGUAGACUCACAAUGCUUAUAAAUCAAGUACGAAUAGCAAAACAUAAUCAAUGCAAUAUGAUAAUAACAUCUUUAAGAGAUUUGUUUUUAUCAGAUUUGCUUCAUCCUCAAUUUAAAUUGCUUAAAUUUGAAGAACAAGACUUAAAUAGAUUAACUGAGACCAACUCUGAAGAUACACUAAUCAAAACAGAUGCAUUGAAAAAAAAAUUAAUGGCUCACUGGUAUUUUGAAGACCAAUUACGAGAACAUUAUGAACGCUUCGUUAUAUCUUUGGGUACCAUUGCAUCAGAUACUGUUGAUGCAAAUCGUGAAAUAGCAAUAUCAGUAAUGACAGAUUUAUUAAUAGGAAAUGCUGAACAAGAACAUAAACUAUUGGAGUUGAUUGUUAAUAAAAUAGGAGAUCCAAGCAGUAAAGUAGGAUCCAAAGUUAUAUUCUGUUUAAACAAGUUAUUACAUGAACAUCCAAACAUGAAACCUGUCGUAUUAGUUGAAAUUGAAAAAAUAUUGUUUCGAAAAAAUGUGGCACAACGUGCACAAUACUAUGCAAUUUGUUUAUUAACACAAUUUAUUUUAAGUAAAGAUGAUGAAAAAAUUGCUUCUACUCUCAUAGAAGUAUAUUUCGCAUUUUUUAAAGCUUGUUUGAAAAAAGGAGAACCAGAUAGUAGAAUGAUGGCAGCAAUUUUAACUGGGGUAAACAGAGCAUUUCCAUUUGCAAAAAUGGAUUCAAACGUAUUACAUAAUCACAUAGAUUCUGUGUACAAAGUUGUACAUAUUGGAACUUUUAAUGUUUCUUUAAAUGCUCUUAACUUAUUAUACCAGAUUACAGGAAAAGAUGAAACCCAAUCAAGCAGAUUUUAUUCAACUUUUUAUAGAAAAUUACUAGAUCCACAAAUAGGCGUAGCAAAUAAACGUGCACUAUUUCUUAACUUAUUUUAUAGAGUUCUUCAAAAUGAUAAUAAUAUACAACGUUUGUAUGCAUUUAUUAAAAGAAGUUUACAAGUCGCAUUAUAUUUUCCUGCAAAUAUGUUAUGCGCGAUUUUGUAUAUAAUAUCUAAAAUUUUACAUGGAAAAAAGGAAUUGAAAAGUUUGUUGUUAAAUUCACAAAUUUAUAUUAAAUCUGAAAUUGAAGAUAAGGUAUCGAAUUCAGAAAAUGAUGUUGUAUCUGAUAAUUCUAAGGUUGAAAUAUUAGAAGAAUCUAUUCUAUUAACAAAUGUUACAACUGAAGUUGAUACAAAUGGAAGUACUAAAUCUGAAAAUAAAAUGGAAAAAGACGUAAAAAUCGAAGUUGAUAAACAAAAAGAAUAUGAUCCAUUUUGCCGUAAUCCUCUUUAUGCUGGAAUAACUAAAGGUUUGAACACUGAACUAAUAGCAUUAUCUAAGCAUUAUCAUCCAAGCGUGGUUUUAUUUGCAAAUACUAUUAUAGAAGCAAAACCAAUUGUUUAUACGGGCGACCCAUUGGAAGAUUUAUCAUUAAUGCGUUUUUUGGAUCGUUAUGUUUUUAAAAAUCCAAAGAAAUUGGAUAGCAAAAAAGUACAAAAAAAGAAUGAUCCCUUAGCACAGCGUGCAGGAUAUACACCUAAAGGCAUUAGGUGUAUCCCUAUUGAUAGUGUUUCAUAUCUUAAUGAAAGGGAAGAACGUAUUCCAGUCGAUGAAUUAUAUUUAUAUCGAUAUUUAAGGAAACGAAAGGAAUAUAAGCGACCAUCUAAAGAAAUAGACGAUGAUAUAGAAAGUGUCAAUAGUGAAGAAUUUAAUGAUAUGUUAGAUACAUUAACAGAUGGUAAAGAUGUCGAAGACUUAGAUAUUAUAGGUGACAUCCAAACUAAGAAAAUCAAAAAUAAAGAUAUUGAAGAUGAAGAUGAUUUGGAAGAUGAUAGUGUUAGAAGUGAGGCAAGUAAUAAUUCUGAUGACAUAAAUUUUGACGAGGAAGAAUUAGAUGAGGAUGAUGACACAAAUUACGAUUUACAACAUGCAAAUGAUAGCGACUUAGAUAUAGGUGAUGAGGACGUAAGUGAUCUCGACUUUGAUGAUGAUGACGACGAUGACAUGUUAAAUGAUAAUAUACAGUCAAAUAUGAAGAAACCUGCAAACAAAAAAUACCAGGGAAAAAAUAAGAGUAAAAAUUCCAAAGGAAUUGAUAGUAAUAUAUUUGUCUCGGCGGAGAAAUUCGCGGAAAUGCUUGAAGAACACAGCAAAAACAAUAAAAAGCAUGGUGGUACAGAUGUAUUUAAUACUGCGGAUGGUGCUAGCACUAAACAAAUAGAAUGGGAAACGAAACGGCAUCAUAAACUUAAAGGCUUAUACGAUCGGAAUAAACGAAAAGGUCCAAAAAUGAUCAGGAAAAAUGUAAAAAGAAGUAAAAAAUAAUUAUAAAAUGUAAUUAUUUGAACAAUUUAAAAAAACUUGAUUGUAUAUAAAUCAAUAAAAGAAUUUCAUACAUUAUAAAAAAGAAAUAGUCCUUUAAUUGAUACUUCAUACAAAGUAAUGAACAUGAAUUAUACACUUAUCUGCGAAUUCUUAGACACUAAAAUAAUUGAUUUUAGGUAGUCAAGUUAACUGUUAUCUGAAAGAUUAAUUUAUGACAUAAACAAUUAUUAUACCGAUAUUGAAUGCUGCAAGAGAAAAGAAUUUCAGUUGCUGUCGGACUACUUAAUACUUCUAAAAUUUGUCAACUUAUCAAUUUUGGUACAAAUUUCAUAUCAUACAAAAACAAAUAUUCUAGAAGUUAUUAUAAAAGACAUUUUCAUAGAUUUAAAAUUAGUUAAUGUUUUUCUUUUCUUUUACU